GUAUAUAGAACGUUCGUCCUGUGGCAGUGUUCUGUUCCAUGGAUACCUUCCCCCUCCAGGUACUGUAUAUAGAACGUUCGUCCUGUGGCAGUGUUCUGUUCCAUGGAUGCCUUCCCCCUCCAGGUACUGUAUAUAGAACGUUCGUCCUGUGGCAGUGUUCUGUUCCAUGGAUACCUUCCCCCUCCAGGUACUGUAUAUAGAACGUUCGUCCUGUGGCAGUGUUCUGUUCCAUGGAUACCUUCCCCCUCCAGGUACUGUAUAUAGAACGUUCGUCCUGUGGCAGUGUUCUGUUCCAUGGAUACCUUCCCCCUCCAGGUACUGUAUAUAGAACGUUCGUCCUGUGGCAGUGUUCUGUUCCAUGGAUACCUUCCCUCUCCAGGUACUGUAUAUAGAACGUUUGUCCUGUGGCAGUGUUCUGUUCCAUGGAUACCUUCCCCCUCCAGGUACUGUAUAUAGAACGUUCGUCCUGUGGCAGUGUUCUGUUCCAUGGAUACCUUCCCCCUCCAGGUACUGUAUAUAGAACGUUCGUCCUGUGGCAGUGUUCUGUUCCAUGGAUACCUUCCCCCUCCAGGUACUGUAUAUAGAACGUUCGUCCUGUGGCAGUGUUCUGUUCCAUGGAUACCUUCCCCCUCCAGGUACUGUAUAUAGAACGUUCGUCCUGUGGCAGUGUUCUGUUCCAUGGAUACCUUCCCCCUCCAGGUACUGUAUAUAGAACGUUCGUCCUGUGGCAGUGUUCUGUUCCAUGGAUACCUUCCCCCUCCAGGUACUGUAUAUAGAACGUUCGUCCUGUGGCAGUGUUCUGUUCCAUGGAUACCUUCCCCCUCCAGGUACUGUAUAUAGAACGUUCGUCCUGUGGCAGUGUUCUGUUCCAUGGAUACCUUCCCCCUCCAGGUACUGUAUAUAGAACGUUCGUCCUGUGGCAGUGUUCUGUUCCAUGGAUACCUUCCCCCUCCAGGUACUGUAUAUAGAACGUUCGUCCUGUGGCAGUGUUCUGUUCCAUGGAUACCUUCCCCCUCCAGGUACUGUAUAUAGAACGUUCGUCCUGUGGCAGUGUUCUGUUCCAUGGAUACCUUCCCCCUCCAGGUACUGUAUAUAGAACGUUCGUCCUGUGGCAGUGUUCUGUUCCAUGGAUACCUUCCCCCUCCAGGUACUGUAUAUAGAACGUUCGUCCUGUGGCAGUGUUCUGUUCCAUGGAUACCUUCCCCCUCCAGGUACUGUAUAUAGAACGUUCGUCCUGUGGCAGUGUUCUGUUCCAUGGAUACCUUCCCCCUCCAGCCCGUAACUCCAGCCCCACCGCUGCAGCCUCUGGCCUUGCCGCUGAGGAUCGGCCUGGUCCUAGCGGAGCAGAAGGGGGGUUCCCCCAAACCUGCCCCCCCCACACCUCCCUUCCCGGACCCCCUGGAGCCGAGGCGCCACACAGACUGGGUGCUGUGGUGGAUCCUAGGAAGGUGCUGAUUGUAGCUGGACAUCAUAACUGGAUCGUAGUGGCUUAUGCACACUUUGUCAUCUGUUACAGGAUAAAGGAGUCAUCAGGGUGGCAGCAGGUGUUUUCUAGCCCCUAUUUGGACUGGUCCAUUGAGAGAAUCGCUGUCAACGCCAAGGUGGUAGGCGGUCCCCAUGGCGAUAAGGACAAGAUGGUGGCUGCCGCCUCCGAUAGCAACAUCAUCCUCUGGAGCAUCCAGGACGGAGGGAGCGGCAACGAGAUAGGUGUGUUUAGUCUGGGUGUACCAGUAGAUCAUCUAUUCUUCAUUGGGAACCAGCUAGUGGCCACCAGUCACAUGGGGAAGGUGGGGGUCUGGAACGCUGUCACACAGCAUUGGCAGGUGCAAGAUGUAGUUCCCAUCACCAGCUGUGACACAGCUGGCUCCUUCCUGCUUCUGGGUUGCAACAACGGAUCCAUCUACUAUAUAGACAUGCAGAAGUUUCCUUUGAGGAUGAAGGAUAAUGAUCUGUUGGUGACAGAACUGUACCACGACCCAUCUGACGAUGCCAUAACUGCCCUCAGUGUCUACUUCACACCCAAGACCAGUGUGAGUGGUAACUGGAUAGAGAUGGCGUAUGGGACCAGUUCUGGAGCAGUGCGGGUUAUAGUCCAACACCCUGAGACAGUAGGCUCUGGACCUCAGCUCUUCCAGACCUUCACUGUCCACCGCUCCCCAGUCACCAAGAUCAUGCUCUCUGAGAAACACCUGGUCUCAGUGUGUGCGGACAACAACCAUGUGCGUACGUGGACAGUGACGCGGUUCCGAGGCAUGAUCUCCACGCAGCCUGGCUCCACCCCCCUCGCCUCCUUUAAGAUCCUCUCAUUGGAGGAGACUGAGAGCCACGGCAGCUACUCAUCAGGCAAUGACAUUGGUCCAUUUGGUGAGAGAGACGACCAGCAGGUGUUUAUUCAGAAGGUCAUCCCCAUCACCAACAAGCUGUUUGUUCGCCUCUCCUCCACUGGGAAAAGGAUCUGUGAGGUGGCGGCAGUGGAUGGGACCACCAUCUCGUGUUUCACAGUUAGGGAGUGUGAGGGUUCUAGCAGGAUGGGUUCUAGACCCAGGAGGUACCUGUUCACAGGCCAUGGCAAUGGCAGCAUUCAGAUGUGGGACCUCACCACCGCUAUGGACACUGCCAACAAGGGAGAGGAGAAGAAGAAAGAUGAGGUGGGCGGGCCAACAGAAGAGGAGCUGCUUCAGCUAUUGGACCAGUGUGACCUCAGCACCUCUCGCUGUGCCACGCCCAACAUCAGCCCCGCCCCCUCGGUACUGCAGCCCAGCCGUCUCCGAGGGUCCUGCUCCAGCCUCCAGCUGCAGGCCCAGGAUCCCAUUCCAGAGACGGCCACCUACGGAGCUCUGCGACCCUACAGAGAGAGCCCACUGCUGGCCCGAGCCCGGCGCACAGAGUCCUUCCACAACUACAAAGACUUCCAGAACUUCUCCCUAGGGAAAGGCCUGCUGGAGAGCCCUGAACAGGCUCCAGGACAGGGGGCACGCCCAGGUACAGAAGCCAGAACCCGGUCGCUGUGUGAGGCUGGAGAGGAGGUUGGGAGGAGGGGCUCUGCCAUGGAGCUCUGGGCUAGCCGAACCACUAACACUGCCUACGCUAAUGUCUUUGCUAAUGUUGCUGUGGUCACAGACGCUGAUGCAGCUGAGGGUAUCACAGAAUCGCCACGGCAACCGCCUGAGAGCCCUCGUGGAGACAUUCGUCAAAGGCUCCAAUCGGAGGAGGAGGAGUGGGCGGGGCUUGGAUCAGGGGCGGAGGCUAGGUCUGAGGUGAGGAGGAAGGCAGGGUUUGAGGGGGGGUUGUUUCUGGGCAGGAAGAGGGCACCUCCCGUCCCCCAGCUCUCCUCGCUGUCCUCGGGGGUAUCCUCGGGGGGAUGCAGUGACUCCUCCUCCACCGCCUCCCCCUCCCCCACUAAGCUGGCCUCCACUUCCCCCCGGCGCAGGAAGUGCAGCGAGCCGGCCAAUCAGGACAGCAGCCUGUGAGUGAAAGACAGCUCUGAUGCAGACACACCCCUUGUGUCUGUCAGUCAACAGCUUCAGGUAGAAGUUACCCCCGUAAACACUGAUCUAGGACCAGCCAACCCUCCACAAGCCUAACCAUUAGGAGGAACUGGCCUUAGAUCAGUGUCUGAGGGCAAGGAUCAUGACUUUAACCCUUUAUAUAUCUCCAUCAUUGCUGGUAUCUGGUUGCUACACAAUUAAUAAUAAUAAAUCAUUUGGUGGGUGCUUAUAUUUGUUCUAACGUCAUACAUGUACAAGUGUGUAUUAAUACUUGUGUGUGAAUUGGACAUGUGUUUUUUGCAUAUCCCAACUCUCCAGGAGACACCCUUGGAGUGUGGGUUCACGGCCAGGGUGCACCUCCAAUGUUUGUUCCAAUAGUCCCUCAUGACAUCAUUCAGACUUUUUGUGUUGGAUGCAUGUAGUUUACCGACUGUUAACAAAGUGCUACAUACGUUUAUUUCCCCCUUGUGGUCACUUUCCCAAACCAGUAGCCAGAAGCCAUGUGUGUUUUAGACAUGAAUGAAUUCAACACUACACAGUAAAUCACUUUAUCUGUACUUCCUGAUCGAAACAGACCGACGUCUCAUGCUGAAGAUCAAUGUGACUUUCCAUGGUAUUGUUUCUUUAAAUAUAAGGAGGAUUACAUUUUGUAGUGCCUUCUUUGACAUCAGCCAUAAUCUACGUAUCCCCCUGUCCUGUGAUGGAGAGAGGAUCUAGAGUCUUAAGGGCAGAUUCAAUCAGAUUGGCAGCCGCAUAGCGUCGUUUUGGAGGUGUCGGAGGUGGAACUGCGUUAGAGCUGUCAAAUCCACAAGAGGCUCGUUGCGUAACCUGCCAUUGGAUGCAACGAAACCACACCAGACUGUAAUCCCAACAAAUCCCAUGCGGCUGCGUUAAAGUUCAAACACUCAAAUUAGACUGGUGGGCAUAAAUCCCCCAUCAAAUGAGCAUGAAAACAUGCAUCAGCCUCACAUCAAUGACAUCAGUCAUUAUUUUUAACAUGAUAGAAGCCUGCACUUUUCUAGUGCCGUUUUGAACCUCUAACACAAAGGGAUAAUAAGGAUGGCGAUUGAUGUGUGACAGGAGCAUCCGCUCACCGAUAUGCCAGCUCAUACCGCUUGUACACCUCCAACACAUUCAGGCUGUAUCACAACCGGCCGUGAUUGGGAGUCCCAUAGGGCGGCGCACAAUUGGCCCAGCGUCGUCCGGGUUUGAUCAGUGUAGGCGGUCAUUGUAAAUAAGAAUUUGUUCUUAACUGUCUUACUUAGUUAAAUAAAGGUUAAAAACAAAUGUGCUGCUAUGUGGAUGUCGGCAAACACUGGUUAAAGCUCCAUCUGAUUGAAUCCAGGCCUUAGACCAAAGGUUGUACUUCUGACUGUCCAGUUGUCAAAGGUUGGAUAGCUGCAAUUAUUGUCACUCCUGUCACCCAACGAUAGCUUUCAGAUAGAGAAAGAGAAUAGUUGAGAGAGAGAGAGAGAGAGAGAGAGAGAGCAAGAGUUAUCAAUGGAGCCUAUCCUUUAGUUCCCUUCCUAAGACAUCCUCUACCCCAUCACUGGACCAGACCUGGGUCAAGUACAUACAACUUGAGGUGCACUUGAUUUAGCUUGUCCACUACAAUGGAACCAAUAGAAUAGUCCCAAAAGUGCAAACUCUGCCCAACACUCUAAAUCAAGCACACCCCUUGUAUUUGAAUGUACUGUAUUUGACCCAGGUCUGUUUUAGACAGAGGUGUUCAAUAAGAGAUGGAAUGUUGAACAUGUACAAAGAUGUACAUUUAAAUAAUAUGCAACCUGAUUAUACUGUAUAUGAAGAGUAUACCUACAAAAUCCAUAUAUAUAUGUAUAUGUAACCAUACUGAUGCAUUUAAUAUUUAUGUAACUAUCUACAUAUUUGCUGUUGUUUGCGACAAAUCUGUUUGUUCUCAUAUAAUAUAUAUUGAUAUGAAUCAUAUUUUAUCGUACCUAAAUUGUAUUUGCACUCGCACUAUGAAGACUAAAUAAUGAAGUAACAUUUUAUUUGGUAUGAGAUGAUAUUUAGCCCUUUGAGGAAUAAUGCCUGUCCCUCUGUGUCUAAGGCCUGGAUUUAUUCCGAUCCACGUUAGAUCCGCCUUAUAGUGCGAUUUGACAUUUAAAGGUCAUUUCCUACUGAGCCGACAUAUCCAGUGUUUACCGUGAAUGUGGUUUCUACGAAAGUGGGAACAUUGCCUUUAAAUGUUGUAUUGGGGCGAUCAGAUUGAAUCUAUUUGAAUGUUGUAUUGGGGCGAUCAGAUUGAAUCUAUUUGAAAGUUGUAUUGGGGCGAUCAGAUUGAAUCUAUUUGAAUGUUGUAUAGGGGCGAUCAGAUUGAGUCUAUUUGAAUGUUGUAUAGGGGCGAUCAGAUUGAAUCUAUUUGAAUGUUGUAUAGGGGCGAUCAGAUUGAGUCUAUUUGAAUGUUGUAUAGGGGCGAUCAGAUUGAGUCUAUUUGAAUGUUGUAUAGGGGCGAUCAGAUUGAGUCUAUUUGAAUGUUGUAUAGGGGCGAUCAGAUUGAAUCUAUUUGAAUGUUGUAUAGGGCGAUCA